GAAAACGCGACCAAAAGAGAUUCAAGAGAAAGAGUUUUCAGAAUCAUAUGUAACGGUGACCUCAGCUAAUAUCUCUGAUGUGGUCCAUGUACAAGAGAUGAAGAGAGGUAGACCAGACGAGCAUGAGGGAGUAUUUGGUCGGGGCCGUAGCUUCCAGCAAGUUCUAGCUCCGGCACCAGGAGGAAUUCCUUCAUUUGAAAAUGUUCAAGAUAGUAUUGCAAGCUCUUUAACUCAGUUUGGUACCCCCCAAAUGGCAACACAAGGGUUCCAGGUACAAGCUCAGCAGGCCCAAAACCAUGGCCAAGGCCACCAACAGGGUCAAACACAUCCACAUGUCCAGGCACAAACCCAGGGACAGCAGCAGCAACAACAGUUUCAGAGGCUCAAGGUGGAAGAUGCUCUUUCCUAUCUGGACCAGGUGAAGCUGCAGUUUGGUAACCAACCACAAGUUUAUAACCAUUUCCUGGAUAUCAUGAAAGAGUUCAAGUCUCAAAGUAUUGACACCCCUGGCGUUAUCAGUAGGGUAUCCACUCUGUUCAAAGGACACCCAGAACUAAUUGUUGGCUUCAAUACUUUCCUUCCACCUGGGUACAAGAUAGAAGUCCAUGCCCAUGAUCCUGGCAGUGUAUCAGUCACUGCCCCAACAGGAUUGACUCAGAUAUGCCCUGGAGUAAACCUACCCAUUGAAGUGCAACAAAUCCAAAGCAACCAAAACCAGGGAUACCCAUCACAAUCUGCCAAACAGCAGCAGCAACAGCAGCAUUCACAUUCCCAACAACAAAACCAGUCAAAUAAUUCAUCUCAACAGAAUCAGUCUCAGCAACCUGUUGAAUUCAACCAUGCCAUAAAUUAUGUCAAUAAAAUUAAGAAUCGAUUCCAAGGCCAACCUGAAAUUUAUAAAGCUUUCUUGGAAAUCCUCCACAAUUACCAGAAAGAGCAGAAAAACAUAAAAGAGGCUGCAAUGCAAGGAACUCCUUUGUCAGAGCAAGAGAUUUACUUAAGAGAAGCAAAUCUUGCUACUGAAGUCUACAAACAAGUAGCAAAGCUGUUCCAAAAUCAGGAGGAUCUCCUGAAAGAAUUCAGCCAGUUCCUUCCUGAUGCUAAUGGUGCUACAUCAGGAAACCAAGCAGGAAUAAGAACACAGGGAUUGAUUGCAGCAUCUGGUCGCAUUCAGAGUCACAUGGGUAACCAGGGACGCCAUGAUUAUGCACCUCCAUUGAAGAAACAAGCAGUGGGAUUAAAUUCUUCCAAAAGAAUGUCCCAGAUAAGAAGGGGUUCUUCUGGAUCCUCUCCAUCACAUGCUGUAGCCAGUAAGAAAAAGUCUCGUAGUGUAAUGAAAGAAGUAUCAUUGGCUGAAGCAGGGAAGCAUGGCACUUUCACUGAAUAUGCCUUCUUUGAUAAAGUUCAUAAAGCGCUGAAGAGCCCAGAAGUAUACGACAACUUCUUGAGAUGUUUAAUGCUUUUUAAUGAUGAAGUGAUUUCAAGAGCGGAGCUUGUUCAACUUGGUUCUAACUUUUUGGGAAAAUUUCCAGAGCUUUUUUCCUGGUUUAAGGAGUUUCUGGGCUACAAGGACUCAUCACCAAUGGAGUCAAUGACUGGGUACAAAGAAAGAACUUCAGGAGAACUAGCACAUCUAGAAAUAGAUUAUUCAUCAUGUAAAAGAUAUGGUACCAGUUACAGAGCUCUACCAAAGAGCUACACCCAACCUAAAUGUUCUGGCAGGUCUGAUCUGUGCCGUGAUGUGCUCAAUGACACCUGGGUGUCAUUCCCUUCCUGGUCUGAAGACACACCAUUUCCAGGAACGAGAAAAACUCAGUAUGAGGAAUAUAUUUACAGAUGUGAGGAUGAGCGAUUUGAGCUUGAUGUAGUAUUAGAAUCCAAUGCUGCCACAGUACGGGCACUUGAAGCUGUGCAGAAAAAGAUGUCAAGAAUGUCCCCAGAAGAACAACAAAAGUUCAGAAUGGACAGCUGCCUGGGAGGAACAUCAGAAGUUGUACAUAAGAAAGCAAUACAAAGAAUAUAUGGAGACAAAGCCCCUGAUAUUAUUGAUGGCUUAAAGAAAACUCCAGCUGUGGCUGUUCCUCUUGUUCUUAAAAGACUUAAAGCAAAAGAAGAGGAAUGGCGGGAAUCUCAGCGACAGUUCAACAAGAUUUGGAGAGAACAAAAUGAAAAAUAUUACCUGAAGUCCCUUGAUCACCAGGGAAUCACUUUCAAACAGAAUGAUCUCAAAGCUAUGAGAUCCAAGACUGUAGUUAAUGAAAUAGAGACUAUAUUUGAUGAGAAACAAGAGCAAGCUGCAGAAGGGAAUGGAGAUGCUAGUGGUCCACAUGUCAUAUUUACGUAUCAGGAUAAGUCCAUCUUGGAUGAUGCAGCAGGUCUGAUAGUACAUCAUGUCAAGAGACAGACGAGCAUACACAAAGAAGAAAAAGCAAAGAUUAAACUCCUUUUACACUGCUUUUUACCUGAUCUUCUUUUUGCUCCAAGGGGAGAUGUAAGUGAUGAUGAGGAGUCUGUUAAAGAGAUGAAUGGACCAGGCAAGCCGGAACUAUCCAAUGGAUUAGGAGAAGGAGAACCUGAUGAUGCAUACAAUUUGUUCUUCAUCAACAACAAUUGGUACAUAUUUCUCAGAUUACACCAGAUGUUGUGUGAGAGAUUGCAAAAGAUGUAUCUGCAGUCAGUAGCCAUAGCUGAAGGAGAAGCAUCUGACAAACAGCAAAGAAAAGAAGCAACAGCUAUUGCAUUACGACUAAAGGCACCCAGUGAAAUUGACCUUGAAGAAUACUAUCCAGCCUUCCUCGACAUGGUCAAGAAUGUUCUUGAUGGUAACAUGGAUUCAACUACUUAUGAAGACACAUGCCGAGAGAUGUUUGGAGUGUAUGCCUACAUCGCAUUUACAAUGGACAAACUAGUGCAAAAUAUUGUUAGACAGCUUCAUACACUUGUAACAGAUGAGACAGGCAUCCAAAUCACAGAGCUCUACCAACAGGAACAAUCCAACAAUGCUACUGGUGGUAGUUCUGCAACACAGCACCUUAGAGCUGCAGCUGAAAUAGCAUAUCAGAGCAAAGCUGAAUCAGUACUAUCAAAUGAGAACUGCUACAAGGCUGUGAUUCACAAGGAUAAGAAUAUAUGUAAACUGAGCCUGGAGCUUCUUGACACUGGUGAUACUAAUUCAGAGGAUCCAUUAGAAGUAGAGAAAUGGAACGAUUAUGUUCAGAAAUAUGUUGGUAGUGAGGAAGUGUCACCAGAAGUCAAAGAACAUUUGCAGAAAAAGCCCUUGUUUCUACCCAGAACGAUACAAACAAAACGAACCAAACCACUUGGUAACAGUGGCCAGGAAUCAACUAAUGAUAAUGGAUCUUCUACUGAUGAAGCAGAAAGUGAAGUCAAUAAAAGUGAUAAGGAAGAGGAGGAAGGAGAUGAGAUUGAAGACAUGGUUGAGAACUCCAUGCAAUGUAAACUGAGCUUUAAUUCGUACAAAAUGAGAUUUGUUGCUGGAAGCUGGGAAUCCAUGUACAGACGAGGAGCUCUAACCAAAGCCAAAGAGUGCCAUCCUCAAGUUAUGCCACGACUACAUAAAAAAUUCCACAAAUGGUUAGACGAAUGGAUGGAAUCGAACGUGACAGAAGAAAUGGAAAAAUCCUGUGAAGACUGGUUACUAGGCAAAACAGAGGGUCUAAAACCAUGUACCACAGCCAAACAGCGGCUUACUAACACACCCAUUCAGUGUUAUAAGUAUACAGUAAAGUGGGAACCCACGCCUACCUCUUAGCACUCCUUACACUCAGCGCCUUGUAUUGGUCAAAUCUGGCUGGACAUUCUUGUAUAUUUGUAUGGUGUAAAUUGGCAUGUUACAGUCAGCAUUAUUUAGCUUAGGCUGGGUCCUCUACAUAAAUAUAUCACUUGGAGGAUUUUGAAGUUGAAGUGAUGCUUUUCAAAUCAUUCGUAAGGGAAUCAAAUUCCUUGACUGGUCGGCCAUUUUGGAGUAAUCAGUUAUAGUCAUCCAACAUGGAGUUGAUAAUGUCGCAUGGCAGGCCAGGAAAUAACCCUCUUCAGGCUGUGUGUGCAGGUCUAUUGAGUGGGUAAAUGUGCGAGAUUUGCACAAUGGCCGUUGAUUCGGCGAUGUGCUUAAACCCAACAAUUGGCAUGUCUCAACAUUAUCAAACUAUUUCAUAAGUUGUUCCAAGCGCCAUUGAUCUGGCAUUAUUCCUAAAUUAAGAAUUUCAAAAUCAUCCCCAGUGGGUGUAGGACAAAUUAUGAUACAUCGGUCAUGUUGGAGGACUACUCUAUUAUUUUUAUUCAUCCAAUAUGGCGGCCAAGACGUCAAGAAUAACAGAAAUUAUUACUUAUAUCUUAAUACAUUGUACAAAGUAACAAGUUUCUUGGUAGACUUUCGUAGUUAAAAGCUUAUAACAUCGAUAGUGCAGAUCACAGCACGUUAUGAAUAGAGAUAGACUGGAUUUUGUACAAGUAGAUGCGCUAUUGCUUAAACAGGAUAGUAAACAAUCCAGGUUAAUGACGUAUUUUAGCGCAUUUCUGAGUAAUAUUUAGACAAUCAAAUUCACAAUAAAACUUGUCUCUAUCAGUCAUA